UUCAUGUGUAAAUUGAAUAUUUGUGAGAUAUUUUCAUAUGUAAACAGAAGAAAAUCAUCAGGUUGACAGCAAAUUGUUACUAGAAGAUUGCAUACUCAAGUCGAUGCAUAAUAAUAAUUAUGUGGACAGUGCUGGUGGUCUUUGUAAUUGUACAACUAAGGACUGUCGCCUAAUCCUUAAAGAUGUGGACCGCCUACAUUGUCAACAGGCUACGGGUAUCUGCAUCUAAGUGUAAUGAACAUAAGGCAGACACACAAACACAUAAAUCACUCCGCGCUCGAGCUCCGUUAGGGCGCUACCUGCCCUUAACCCUUCUCCCGGGGGUGGUCACUCAGGCCCCGCCCCUUUUUAACAUCGCCAGCGCGCCAAAAUACACUGACAUUCGUGAUUUGCGCGUCAAGUGGACAAGUUGUCAAAAUGGCUUUGUGGACUCCUUACGCACAAGAAGCUGCCUUGGACCUGAGCAGGAGCUCGGUGAAGCUGGAGAGAGUGCCCUCGCCUCUGCCGGCUGCCAGCGCACCGCAGUCUCCUCCGCUGUCUGGAUUCUAUCCAUCAUACGCGGACACUCAGUAUUACCACUCGUACCCGUAUCAACCAGUGACGUACGCGGUGCCUUCCGCGAUGUCACCGGACUCCAAUGGAAGCUGGUCAAACAUGAAACAAAACGCGCCAUCGUCGCCGGAAUCUCCGGAGUUCUACGACUCCGAGUCCCUAUCAGACGACGUGGAGUACCAGGCGUUUGAACGGGAUGCACUGCGAGCGAUGGCAGAGAAGAACGGAGGGACGCUGCUGGGGAACAACCCGAGGAUGCGGAGAGCAGUGCAGACCAGCCAGACCGCGGACGACUCGUACAGGAAACAACGCGAGCGGAACAACUACGCCGCGAAGCAGAGCAGAGAUAGGAGGAAGCUGAGGGAAGUGCGCCUGGCCUUCCAAGUCACCUAUCUGAAGAAGAAGAUGGCAGACUUGAGGGCCAAGCUGUCCGCCGGCGUCUGCGGCCGCUGCCAACAGACCUGCGAGUGUUGAACCACAGUGUGCACGGACAAAGUGAUAGGCGGCCUUACUCAAUAUGUAAAUAAUAAAGGACUUGUAAAUAAUAUCAAUAAUAUAAAACUUAAUAUAACGUGGUUGUAGAUGUAAGAGAGUAUUGGAUGUGUGCUUAGUAUUAAGUAUUUAAUGAACUGUAUCUCUAACCUAAACUUGUAUAUUCGUGCAAUGAUAUGUAUCUGUCAAAUAAUAUUUGUGUAUAAAUAAAAUUUAUAGACUCAAGUUUCGGAUCUUCAUUUUUAACCUUUCCUAUUUCUCAAAAUUAUAAUCAGAGAUUUGCCCAUUUGAUCUCCGGAUACGCACAAAAUUAUAACAAUUUAUAGAAUUGAACAUCAUUCUGUGACUGGUAGAUAUUAUUUUUGACAAAUAAAAUAACACAAAUAUUUUGCCUUUCGUAGCUCAAUAAACACAGACUUACAAAUAAUCCGCUCAACUAGGGGCUUAUAAUUUUAAUCCGUAACACCUUAUUCUAGACUUAUUGUUGCGCUAAUAAAAAGUAGAAUUUUACCAUCAUAAAGUUAUUUAUUUGCGGAUUAAAGUUUCCCCGGGCGCGGCGUAUUCUAUGCUAUUAUACCGGCCGCGGCCGAUUGCAGCCGUUUCAGUAGAGAGGUAGCAACACUGGCAUUACGUCGUAAACUUUACAAUGCUCUGCUUCAUAUCGGAUUAGCAGUAGGGCUGUGGAUUAAUUUUAUAACUGUUAUCUUUUGUUUUACGAGGAAAUGCACAGACAAGUAGAGUUAAUAUCGUGUUGGUUUUUUUUAUCCUUUCCUAUGAUGCUUUAAAGUAAAUUGUAUGGUAAUUUUAAGAACUUAUUAAAUAUCUUAACAAUUCAAUUAUUAUUGAAC